CCUGCGAUCACGUGACCAAACGUCCGCUUACACACGAAAGGACAUGAGCUCUGUUAUCGUGAGUGUGGCUUGUUAGUAAUAAGAGAGAUUUCUGUUCUGCAACGGCCAUUUGUCACAUGUUUGAUAUCAAACGCUGCUUAGUUUCACUUAAUAAAAAUGGCCGCCAGAACAGCAGCAGCGAGACGUUCAACAUGGAGGAGCGUCAGUAAUUCUUUACUCGCUCCUCUUCGCCAAAACCUCCUGUCAACAAGGAGCUGUCGCCUCUGCAGCUCCAAACAGGCAAUCCAACAGGACAAAUCCUCAAAGAGAUCUACCUUCAGACCAGAUCCCAGCUCCACACAUGACUGGAUCGGUCCACCACAUCCGCUUUCAAACCUGCGUCCGAUUAUUUACCACAUCCCGGAGAAUGAAUCAGAGCUAGAGAGACGGCUAAGAAACCUGAGGCAGGAGACUGAGGACUGGAACCACGAUUUCUGGACCAAGCAGAACGCCAGCUUCAGCAAGGAAAAAGAAGAUUUCAUCAUUUCACAGCUGAAGGCAAAAGGAUUGACUUUACGUGACAAGGAUGGUCGACGGCGGUCCCUGAACAGUGAGGAGAUGGCUGUGUUUUACAAAAGCUUCCUGGACAGAAACAGAAUACGACAUGCAAGUUACAACAAAGACUGGUAUCAGCGUAACUUCACCAUCACCUUGCUCAUGGCCCGAGUUGUCCUCGGCAACAUGUGGAGGGCCUUUACUGAGAGGCAGAGCAGAAAGAAAGACGGCGCUGCUCCCACCUGAAAAUAAAUGUAUUUAAAAUAUAAAAAUAAAAUC